UUAGGGAGCUUUGCGUGAAGGGCGUGGUAUUAGCCUGCGGUCUGCGGUCCACCGCCAAAUUCAAACAGUGAAAGAAAGAAACGACAGAAGCAGGCAGCGAAAGCACAGAGGACAGACACAGCUAUACUUCCAGCAAGAAAGCACAGUCAGCAUGGCGUCUUCAGUGAUGGAUGGAGUUGGUAGAGCUGUGGUGGGAGUCUGGCGGGCACAUACAGUCCUGGAUGAGUCUGAUGGGGUUGAGAGCUCCCCAGAAGCACCCAACCGUUUCCGCAAGCUUCGCUCCUCGUCUUCACUCAACUCUUUGCGGAUGUCUUUGCGAAAGCGGCUCCCGCUACGUUCUGUCCAAACCAACUCCCUCCCAGAGAAUCCAACUUGGGAACCCCCGAAGAAGCAACCAAACCCCAACACAGUCCGCAAACUCACUCGCAGUGCUCGGAACUCCAUCAGUGGAGUUUAUCAGAGUCUGCAAAGGACCAGAGAGUUUUCACGUGAAGAGUGUUUGGUAGUGACCCCGGGUCGGACAUGUGAUGGGGAAGAGGGCGGUGCGUCAACUUCUCGCACCCCAAGACGUACGCCUGGCCGAGCAACACCCAGGCGCACCCCUAGAUCAGCAGCCACACCUGGGCGUACCCCAGGGUCUAGAGGAAGAAGGACCCCUGAAGCUGGUGUACGGGGGGUGAAAACAGGAGGCGGAAGGAGGCAGCUGGUCCGCAUGGCUGCAUUACGAAGUCCCUUUGCCUCCCCCAACACACAGAACCAGAGGCUAAAGUUUGACAGAGAUUUGGAGUCAGUAUCCAGUGGACUCAAGAGGCUCAAACAUCUGUCCAAGGCCUUUGAAAACAUUAUUAGCAGAGACAACAGAACCAGUACAAAAGAACAUUCUGGAGGAGCGAUGAUGAGAAAGUUGGACCCCAGCGGUAAACUCAGCCGCUCAAACCUCACACGUAGAGCCACGGACCUCUCAAACACAGUGGGAGGUUGGGCUCACACAGCUGUGAACACUAUUCGCAAACCCAACUGAAUUACAUACACGUGUGUAAAACACAGGACCUCUUGUAACCAUGUUUAACAUUUAUCAUUAUUGAGGUAUCAAUGUUACAUUUACAUGUAGUGUUGUCAUGACACUGGGACAUGGCAGCUUGUCUUCUUUUCUAUAUGUACUGUGUCCAAAUAUUUCUUGUGUGUUUACACGUCUUAGGUUAGCUAGCUGUGGGUAAACUAUCCUCAUUGUAGCUACCAAAGGGGGUUUUGUAUUGUGGUGUAUGCACCUGUCAUUGCUGCUACAACCAAAUGUCUUUGAUACAUUUUCAAAAUACUAAUAUUGUAGUUUGUUUUCUUACUCUCUGCAUAGUCUUUUUGCUAGUUGCUGAAAUUUAUUUUUAAAAGAGAAGCUGCAUACGACCAAAAUUGUAUCUGCAUAAUUAACACUAAAUUUACUGACGGAGGAAGAUCCAUUAUCCUCUAUUUUAUAUGUAUGCAAUAAAUUAACUAACAUUUGUUAUGAGUUUUUAAAUGUCAUUUGAUAAUGCCAAAUUGUAAAGUGUAUUUUCUAUAAAAGGGGACUUUUUUAUAUGUAGCUUAGGCAGGAUUUGAAUGGGAUUUUCAUAUCUUUCUUAAUGGCCUGUGGAUGACUCAUGCACCAAUACUGUACACACAAAUCAUUUGAUAAUGUGAUGGGGUGAAGAUGUAACGACUCAUUACCUGAUGACAACAAUGAUGAUGUUAUAAAGCAAUAUCCAGCAGAUUAUUAGUGUAGUGACUGUCCAUUUCCAUGUAUUAGUACCCCCUUAUCUGUAGUAAUGAGCGAAGGGGGGACAUUGUGCCUAAAUGUGAAAAAAUAAAAUAAACCCUGUUAGUUUAAACAAU